CCGGGCCGCUCUGCUGGAGCCAGCGGAAUCGGCUGCAGCUGCUGGCGGCGGCGGCGGCGGCGGCGGGACGGCGGGAUGACCCUCAAGUCGGGUCGCAGCGUCAGCGCCGGCAGCAUGCGGACGGCGCUCUCCGACCUCUACCUGGAGCAUCUCCUGCAGAACCGGGCCAAGCCCGAGGCCAUCACUCAGUCCCCAAAUGCCAUGACUGAGGACAUUUAUACCAACGGCUCAGCGACUCUGGGCAGCCCCUCCCACAGCAACGGCCGCGAGGUGCGGAAGAUACGCCUCAUCCAGUUUGAGAAGGUCACAGAGGAGCCCAUGGGAAUCACGCUGAAGCUCAAUGACAAGCAGAGCUGCAUGGUGGCCAGGAUCUUCCACGGGGGCAUGAUUCACAGACAAGGCUCCCUUCACGUGGGUGAUGAAAUCAUAGAAAUCAAUGGGCAGAGCGUGAGCAACCACUCAGUUGACCAGCUGCAGAAGAUGCUGAAAGAAACCAAGGGGAUGGUCUCAAUAAAAGUCAUUCCCAACCAACAAAGCCGCCUCCCUGCUCUCCAGAUGUUCAUGAGGGCGCAGUUUGACUAUGACCCCAAAAAAGACAACCUGAUCCCCUGCAAGGAAGCGGGGCUGAAGUUUCAGACUGGCGACGUGAUUCAAAUCAUAAACAAGGAUGACAGCAACUGGUGGCAGGGCCGGGUGGAGGGCUCCUGCACUGAGUCAGCGGGACUCAUCCCUUCUCCGGAGCUGCAGGAGUGGCGUGUGGCGAGCAUCACUCAGUCCAGUCAGAGCGAAUCCCCAAGCUGUAGCCCCUUUGGGAAGAAGAAGAAGUGCAAAGAUAAAUACCUGGCCAAGCACAGCUCAAUUUUUGACCAGCUGGAUGUGGUUUCAUAUGAGGAAGUGGUGAGGCUGCCUGCCUUCAAGAGGAAGACUCUGGUGCUCAUCGGGGCCAGCGGCGUGGGCCGUAGCCACAUCAAGAAUGCUCUGCUCAGCAACAACCCAGAGAAGUUCAUGUACCCACCCCCAUACACCACGCGCCCCCAGAAGAAGAAUGAGGUGGACGGGAAGGACUACUACUUUGUCUCCACCGAGGAGAUGACCCGGGACAUCUCAGCCAAUGAGUUCCUGGAGUUUGGAAGCUACCAGGGAAACAUGUUUGGCACCAAGUUUGAAACAGUGCACAAGAUCCACCAGCAGGACAAAGUCGCUAUUUUGGACAUUGAGCCCCAGACCCUGAAGAUCGUCCGCACGGCCGAGCUGUCCCCGUUCAUAGUCUUCAUUGCCCCAACGGACAAGGCAGAGCAGUCAGAGGCUUUGCAGCAGCUCCAGAAGGAUUCAGAGAGCAUUCGGAGCCGAUAUGCACACUACUUCGACCUCUCGCUGGUCAACAACGGGGUGGAAGAAAGCCUCCAGCUGCUGCAGGAAGCUUUUGAGCAGGCCUGCAGUUCUCCACAGUGGGUGCCUGUCUCCUGGGUCUACUGAGAGGGCAUCCGACCCCAGCUGCUUCCCAUCAACCAUCCUGCAGCCAUGGGGAGAAACCUUCUCCUCAGCUUCCCCUGAUGCACACACAGCUCAGCACAACUCCCUUCCUCUGCUGCUCCAUGAACAUGGUCUCAAUUGGUUGACACACACAGGGUCUCUGGAUCUCCUCUCCCGGGGGAAUGCAGGACAGGGGCCACCCAGGGGACAGCCGCCUCCCACAGCACUGCAAUGCAGUGCUAUGUUAGUGGCUACAGCAGAGCCCAGGGCACCCUGUUACCUCAGAACACAGCUCCCUGCCUCACCAGGCAAGGGAAAGCACAGUCCUGCUGUAGCACCUGGCCAUUCUCUGCAUUGGUCCCAAGGGAAGUGGUAGAGCAGGGGCUUUCCAGGCAGAUGCCCCCUGCCAUCGCAGGAGUGCAACACUGCGCCACAAACACCUCGAAAGCCUGGCUGGUGUCCACAAGGCUUCAAGGAAGCCCACAGUGUAGGAGGCUUCACAUAGACCGCACCAGAGCUCCUACAUCCAAGGGUUUCCCCUCACAAAUGGGGAAGAGCAGAAAAAGGUGAGCGUGGAUUUGAUGAAGGUGGCAUGGAGCACGCCACCCCCAGGCAGGUGUCACCCUGCGUUCUGACAUUGGGAGUUUUCUGAUUCACCCUGUGCAACUGUAGUUGUAAAAACUCACUGUAUUUAAAUUCUCACCAUGCAGCUUGGAUUGUUACCCCCUGGCCAGAGAAACACUGCAGCAGCUGAGGAAGUCCCACAGACCAAACCCCCGAGGGACAGUUCAAUGGGUAAAUUAAUCCAGCCACAAGUAUCUGUUGCAUGCAGUAGAAACAGUGUCUACAAAGAUCAUCCAGGCAUGUUUUCCAGAGUCUAGGGUGUCUAGCACACUGUAUGCAAACAGAAAAGCCACCCACCCAAAGGGGUUCUUUCUUCUGCAGGAGUGUACUGACGCACAAGCCCGACCACAACCACGUCUGGGAAGCAUCACCAUGGCUCCUGGGCAAACCAUAGCCAUCAUUUAGGUGAAAGAAUCUCAUUUGCAUGUUCAGCAGUCAGCUAGGGGAAAGGGGAAGAGGGUUAAGAAGUCUUGUGCAAUUUUUUAAGGAUGCCAAAAAUAAAAUCUGUUGAUGUGCAAUAGGGACCUUCGUUCUGAUCCACUGCAGGGAAACAAUGAGCAGCAAUAAACGUGCUGA